ACUAGUCACUUCGCGGUUGUUGUUAAAAAUGUGGCAAAUAUUUUUAUUUGCGCUCCUAAUAGUCACCGCUGACUGCGCCCUCGAUAGGCCACUAUGUCCUGACGGUGGUGAACCGGUGUGCGGCAGAGAUGGUUAUGAAUAUAUUUAUUUCGAUAACGAAUGCAAGCUGGACGUCUACAGUUAUAAGCAACUUUUUGCUGGGAAACCAAAACUCACAAAAGUACCGCUCGAAAAUUGUUUUUCUAAUUGCGAGGGCAUCAUUUGUCCAGCCAUUUAUCAGCCCGUGUGUGCAUUGCAAAUGCCUGCAGGUCCGACAAAAACGGUACCCAACAUCUGUCUGGUGAAUCAACUGAUUUGUGAAACGAAACAACAAUGGAUAAUCGUAAAUUACGGUCCUUGCGCAAAACCAGACCAAAUCACUUACGGCGCCAGUCUAGCCGCUUACUCGCCAUACGCGUCUGACUCUUUAGCUCCUCCCAGCUAUCAACCUGCUCCUGCCCCAGCGCCUUAUGCCGAACCUGCUCUCGCCUACCAACCUUCUACGAGUUACUCAACACCAGUAACUUAUGAUGAUCCUACUCCAGCGUCUGACUAUUUACCUGCUCCCAGCUACCAAUCUUCUCCUUCUGAUUAUGGCUCCGCGCCUUCUCCUGCGCCAGCACCAGCACCUGCACCAGUUCCAGCAUCUUAUGCCAGUCCUGCUCCCGCGUACCAACCUUCUACUGAUUUUUCAAUACCAGUAACUUAUGUUGCACCCACUCCUGCGUCCGAUUAUUUACCUGUUCCCAGCUACCAAUCUUCUCCUUCUGAUUAUGGCUCUGCGCCUCCUCCUGCGCCAGCACCAGCACCAGCACCAGCUUCAUAUACCGACACCGCUCCCGCACGCAAUUAUGUACCUGCUGUCAACUACCAACCAUCUUCUGGUUAUGGACCUGCCCCUGCACCUACACCUGAACCAGCCCCAGCACCUUAUGCGGAUCCUUCUAACAACCAUCAACCUUCUAUUGGUUAUUCCGCGCCAGUAAUUUAUAUUGCUCCAGUUCUCAGCUACCAACCUGCUCCUGGUUAUGAACCUACGAUAGCACCUGCACCAAUUCCUACACCUUCAUCUGGUUAUUCAGGACCAAUAACUUAUGUUGAUCCUGUUCCCGCGCCUGCACCUGAACCUGCGCCUGCUCCAGCUCCAGCACCAACACCAGCACCAGCACCAGUGCCAGUACCCGCAUCGUAUGCAGAUCUUGCUCCCUCCACUGGCUCUUUAUCUGCUUCUAAGUACCAACCUGCUUGUGGUUAUGAACCAGCCCCUGCACCUGCACCUGCACCAACCCCUGCAUCUAACUAUCAACCAUCUAUUGGUUAUGGACCAGCACCAGCACCGGCACCUUCUGCCGAUCCUGCUCCUACCUCUAAGUAUCAAACUUCGUCUGACUAUGCACCUGCGCCUGCACCUGCCCCAGCAUCGUAUGUUGAGCCUGCUCCUGCUCCAGCUCCAGCUCCUUACACUUCCUCAUCUACCGGGCAAGCUUCUGCUUCUGCUUCUGCUUCUGAAUUUUACUCAGCUUUAGAUGAAGCACCAGCUGCAUCUUGCGACUCAGAUGCGGUUCCCAACUCGUACGCUUAUCCAGCACCUGCACCAGCUCCUAGUCCGUCUCCUUACCCCGUGCCGUAUGUAACACCAGAUCGAAUCAUGUCCUCGUAUGACCCUACUGGCCAAAUUGCAUCUCCUUUUGGCUUCGCAGCUCCUGCUGCAGCUCCAACACCUGCAUUAUAUUCUUACUCAACACCAGCUUCCUAUAGACCUAAAAAUAUAUACGCAGCACAGGUCCCAAAUACUUACUCAGCCCUUAAUCAAAUGCCCUCAUCAGAACCAUACCAAUAUCAAUUAACGACUGUCAUACCCUCGGCGCCUCAAAUCAAAGACUUACUCAAUUAUCUAUUUAAAUCGCCACCGCCCGAAGAGAAUGCACCAUACCUAGCCGCUUUAAUUGCGAAGUGGAUGGAAUACAGUCCGAAGCAGCCACAGUUACCAGCAUCGCCGACUGAAAUGUCUGAAUCGCAAUCCAUACCUUUUUACUAUCAGCCGACUUAUACUUUUAUCGAGUACCACGGCUCGAAAAAGCCACGCGCCUACACGUACAACUAAUUUCUAAAAAUUUCACUGAAAUUUUAAUUUAAUUAAGUAUGUGAAUGUUGUGUGUGAUUGUGUACCUGUAACUUAUAAGAAUUCCCGACCCAUUGAAAUUGUA